AUGCGGGGGUGUGUAUUUUUGCUGUUUGCAAUUUUUGCGAAUCUCCUCUACCCUCCCGUUGCCCCGGCGACACUGCGCAUUCUUCGGGCGUCCUUUGGCACAGAGACCGUCCACCAGAAUGUGCUCGACCCGGCGCGAUACCAGACUCAGAUGAGCGGGGUAGCGCUGGAUGCUGAGCUCUACCCAACCAUUGAAGCCGCCCUGGAGCUGAUCACCGAUGGAAAAAGUCACCUCUGCUCCCACAAGGGCAUCCAUUCCCCACUCGGCCUGGCAGAUACGGAAGGCGAAAAAGUUGAGAAAUGGGCAGACCUCGAGUCAAAGUCCUGCCUGGCGCUGCAGACCCACGAAAAGCAUCUGUUUAUGGGAUGCGCGUUUGGGACCUCAGACGACCGAGCCCCCUUCCAUCUACUGCCCAACUCGGACAAGGACUCGCUGAUCGACUUAUUAUUGGGUUCCCUCCCCGUCAACCCGAUCACCCCCAAAAAAGAAGGCGAGAUGCAGUGCGCCCUCUACUCGUUCCAGUACAAGGAACAACUUGUAAUUCAGGAUCGUAUCUGCUGCUGGGGCGCCGAGUGCGUGACCAUCUACUACGAUCAGCCCGGCUCGAACCCGUGGCCCGUGAUCCGGCACGUCGUCCCACCCGCCUGGGUCGGAUUCGAGUGCAAGCCGACCGAGGUGAAGCGCAUCAAGCUGAGGUACAAAUCCAACUCGCGGCUGGCCAACAAGCAGUACGAGCUGGACGCGCCGGACGAAGGGCCCGACUACGAACUCUUGGCCCUGCUGGCCCUGGUGGGCAUCCUCUUCGCGCUGGCCGUGGUCGUCGUGUUUGCCGGCUUUCUGCUCUGGUUCUGGGCCAGCACCCUG